GACCAAGCCAGGGCGAUGGAAGUCACUAUUGAGGAAAUAUAUCCAGAUGCAACACACAGAUGGUGCAAGUGGCACAUCCUAAAGAAGGCCAAAGAGAGCCUGGGGUCUAAUUACACAAAGAAGUCUGAUUUCAGGGCAGAAUUCCACAAGUUGGUCCACGAGAUGCUCACCAUCGAGGAGUUCGAGGAUGGGUGGGCAGCGUUGCUUGAGAAGUACUCACUGACUAAGAACACGUACCUGACGCAAAUUUACGAAACAAGGCAGAAAUGGGCCAAACCAUACUUUGCAGGAAAAUUCUGUGCCAGGCAAACCAGUACUGGAAGGAGUGAGAGCGCAAAUCACAUGUUGAAACAAUAUGUUCCACCUUCUUGCUCAAUGAAUCUUUUUGUCAAGCAAUAUAACAAGCUGCAGUUUGACCGUGAACAAGAAGAAGGGUUCCAGGAGAAACGAACCAGGCUAAGUGGAGUUGUCUUGAAGGUCAACACCCCACUAGAAGUGCACGCUAGCAAGAUUUACACCAGGAAGAUGUUUGAGAUUUUUGGAGGAAUAUUGUAUGAAUCCGGAAGCUAUGAUGUAGAAGAGAUCAUACCAAAGCAGAAAUACAUGCUGACCCACGUCAAGGCUAAAAAGCGAGAGAAAUGGUUCAAAUGCCGAUAUGAGGUCAAUGUGUUUGAUAAUCUGGGGUAUUUCUCGUGCAUAUGCGGCCUGUUCAAGCACAUGGGUAUGGUCUGCUGUCACUCGCUGCAGGUUAGCAAGGUGGCAAUUCUACACCUAGGGAUUUCAUCUCACCUCCAAUAUCUGAAUAAGCGGGAAACUGACUACCUAGGUUUUUUAUCAUGCAUAUGUAGCUCCCCUGCUGCUUGGGCGAUCCACCUUCUGAUAUUAUAUGUUCUUCACAGGUCAGGAAUGUGCUCCAGCUUAGGGAGAUUCCCCACAGGCACAUCUUGA